AGCUCAAUAUUGAUUUUUCCUUUUCCUUUUUCCCCUUCUUCCCACGGAUGAAUUCCACGUCUACUUAACGUACUCCGUACAGAUAUUGGCUCAUCAGAAACCCUAGAAUUUAUCGGCGAGGGGGUUCUAUCAUCCCCAGAGUCUCUGUCCGUCUGGUUUCAGCCUUGGCAUCGUUCACUUUUUAUCGGAUUCCGAUCUCUUAUUUUCAUUUCUGUUCUUUGAUUUCAAUCUCGCACCAAGUUCGGUUGUUAAGGAUGGAGGUUUCUUUUGUUCGCGUCUUUUGAACUUUUACGAGGGGUUUGCUUAGUUUUUGAGGAAGGUUUUGGCGCUCUGUAAAUUUGGAAUAGGAAAAGUUCAGUACAGUUUGUUUUCUGGAUAUAACUUCUGAGGUUUAGUUGCGUUGAAGAGCAGAACAUGGACGGGUUUAAUGGUCCGGGUGGUCUUGAACGCAUGAAUAAUCAUCAAGAUCUCAAGCAAGUUGAUUCAAAUUCACAAGGAAAUGAUCUAUUUGAUGCAUCACAGUAUGCAUUCUUUGGCAAUAAUGUACUUGAAGAGGUUGAAUUGGGGGGUUUAGAAGAUGAAGAUGAAGAUCUUCCUCCACCCGGGUUUGACAGUGAAGAGUAUCCGUUGGACCAAGAAGAGGGAGAUUUGUUAGCAUCAUAUUCCGAUGUUGAUGAUCUUACUAGCUCAUUUUCAAAGUUGAACAAGGAUGGAGUUAACCCUGCAACAGCAUUUUUUGGAGAUAGAGAAUCCAGAGAAAGCUCAUCUGCUGCAAAUUAUGUCCAAGAGGAGGAUUUUCCAGAUUGGUUUGAUCAGCAUGGCUUUAACUUGGAUGCUGAACGGAAUGAGGAUUGCAAAAGAGAGUUGCCACUACAUCCUUAUUCUUCUUUCCCUAAUCGCAUCGAAUCUAGGCCUUUGUACAGAACACAGUCAUACCCCGACCAAGAAGUUCAGCAGCAGCCACAACGUCUACCUACACACCAUCAUCACUACUCCAGCGAAGCACUUCUUAUCCCCAAGUCUUCUUACACAUCAUUUCCUCCUCCUGGUGGUGCUCAGUUUUUUCAAGGCUCUCCAAACAACCUUUCCAGUACUGUGUACCGACCAGGUGCACACCCUGUUCCAGUUUCUUCACCCAACCUCUCUACAUUUUCUUCAAGCUCCCGGAAUCAAAUGAAUCCCAUGCAUCACGGAUCACAAUAUGGUGGAGGAAUCUUACCUCAGUUUUCACCAAACAGCCAUCAAAUUAAUAAUCACAUUCAGAAUCAACGAAUGAACCAAUUACCCCAUCAAAACGGCAUCUUGUCACAAAAGUUUCAAACCGGGAUGCAUCAUCAUCCGUUCCAAUCGCCGUUUGGCAGUUCUGCUUUGCAGCCCCAACGGUUCAAUCAUAAUCAACAACCACAUCAGAUGAACAGUUUUGAGUUGGCCAAUUUCAAAGACCAAAGGGCCGAAUCCAUGCUGAGAGGUGGUAGAUAUGGUGGCAUGGGAAUGCGUAGCGGCUGGCCAAUAUUUAAGGCCAAAUACAUGUCGCCUGACGAAAUUGAGAAUAUUCUUCGGAUUCAGCUCGCGGCUACUCAUAGCAAUGAUCCAUACGUAGAUGAUUAUUACCACCAGGCUUGCUUGGCAAAAAAAUCUGCCGGUGCAAAGUUGAGACACCAUUUUUGUCCGACUAAUCUGAGGGAUGGAAGUUCCCAAAACCGGGCUAACACUGAAGCACAUGCAUUUCUUCAAGUUGAUGCGCUCGGUAGGGUUUCUUUCUCCUCAAUUCGCAGGCCACGACCACUUCUUGAAGUGGACCCACCAAAUUCAUCUGCAAAUAGUAGUAGCAGCGAACCAAAAGUGUCUGAGAAGCCCUUGGAAGAGGAGCCCAUGCUUGUGGCCAGGGUCACGAUUGAGGAUGGGAUUUGUCUCCUCCUUGACGUUGACGACAUUGACCGCUUCCUACAGUUUAAUCAAUUCCCGGACAGAGUGGAGCAUUUGAACAAAAAGAGGCAAGUUCUGCUGGAAGGCUUGGCAUCAUCGCUUCAGCUGGUGGACCCGGUCAGUAAAAAGGGUCAGUCCGUCAACAUAUCACCCAAAGACGACCUCAUGUUCUUGAGGGUAGUCACCCUUCCAAAGGGAAGGAAGCUGUUAUCCCGAUACCUUCAGCUCAUCUUUGCCAGCAGUGAACUCGGUCGGGUUGUCUGCAUGGCCAUCUUCCGGAAUCUCAGGUUUUUGUUUAAUGGCCUUCCUGCAGACAUUGUGGCGGCUGAAACGACCAAAAACCUGGCAAUGGCAGUCUCGUCUUGUGUAAGGGAAAUGAAUCUUACAGUGGUCUCAGCUUGUCUUGCAUCCGUGGUUUGUUCAACCGAGCACCCUCCACUCCGUCCCAUAGGAAGCCCAUUAGGUGAUGGGGCCUCUGUUGUCCUGAAAUCUGUUCUGGACAGAGCGACUGAGCUACUAAGGGAUCCUCAAGUGGACACGAAGUGCGACGCACAGAGCAGAAUGUUCUGGCAGGCGUCCUUCAAUGCCUUCUUUGACUUGGUCACAAAGUACUGUUUCAACAAGUACGACCAGUCUUUCGCGGCGGGGUCUGAUGUCAGCAGCGAGAUCCCGGUUGGCCUCUUGCACGCGAGCCUUCCUCACACUAGUGAACAACAGAGGAAACUGCUCAUGGAUUUCGCACAAAGGUCUAUUCCGGUGCCAGGUGGAAAUGUACGUAUCGAAUGACUAAGGGGCUUAAGAAGUUGUGUCCAAAAUGUGUGACACAGGCUAUAUGGGGAAUAAAUGUGUGGCCAAACUCCAUUCUCUCUCUACAUGGAAAGGGUAUUAGUAAAAUAGUAGCACUAGUUUUUUUAUUGUUGGGGUUUGCAUGCCAUAUGUUUUUGAAUGGAAUUGGGAGCUUAUUUUGAUGCUCUUUUUUUGAAUGUGUUUGUCUAAGUGGUAGUGAUUUAGAAGGGGUAUAUAUAAAAAUAUAUCUUAGUAUGCCCAAGUGGAAAGAUGGAAAUGGUUUUUUUUCCUUUUUACUUUGUAAUCUUGAAUGAAUGCUACUGCUAUACCAAAAAAAAGUUGCUGGUGUUUGAUAUGCUAUGGUUUUUGCAAGCAUUCCCUAUUGUUUUUCAGACUGAUAAUAAUGAGGCCUUGUUUGG